CUCACUGUGGAUCUGAAAAGGUAAUAUUUAAACUUUUAUCUAUGGUUAGUAAAAUGUCACUGAACCUAUUGUGCAUUUCCUGUUAUCUUCCGGGAAAACAAAACUCAGAACCUCCCCGUGCUGGCCUGGCCCCGGAUAAUCGGCUCCAUACGCCGCUCCGCCGUUAGGUGUCGCUGUGCGCGCAGACUCUCGGCCGGGGCCGCGUGUUUGGUCCGAUCGGACCCCAAAAAAAGUACAGCACUGAAGUGUCAGAUAGUCCUGUUAACGCGUGAGAAAAUCUCGACUUGCGGAGAGAGGGGAACUGAGACUGGGAGACGCAGAGAGGGAGAGAGUCCUGGGGAGACAUUCCUUCCUUCCUCUCUCUGGGCUUUUCGCAGGACUCCAGUGGGGAACAGCGGAGAUUACAGCAGCGGCGGCUGGAGGUGGUGGUUGGGGGGCGGAUGCCGAAAAGGAGCGAAGACGCGCGGCGGGAGCACCAGACAUGAGUCCGAGGUGGUGGACUGAAGACUAUGCUGGAUGCCAUGGAAGUUCCAAGUCAUGCUAGGGAUCUCCUCCUGCAGCUCAACAGCCAGCGCACCAAAGGCUUUCUGUGUGAUGUCAUCAUUGUGGUGCAGAAUGCGCUCUUCAGAGCUCACAAGAACAUUCUGGCCGCCAGCAGCCACUACUUGAAGUCCCUGGUGGUCCACGACAAUCUCAUCAACCUUGACCAUGAGAUGGUGAGUCCAGCCGUCUUCAGGGUGAUCCUGGACUACAUCUACACCGGGCGCCUCAGUGAGGGAGACCCCACGUCCCCCACUGAACCCAAUCUAGGUGCCGUCUUGGCAGCGGCCAGCUAUCUGCAGCUGCUCGACUUGGUGGCCUUGUGCAAAAAGAAGCUGAGGAGAAUUGGGAAGUACCCUCCCCGUCCCGGUCCCGCAUUUCUACCUUACCCAAAAAUGGUGCCCAGCAGCAUGGGCUUAGGAGGUGGAGGCAGGUAUAGGGUUUCUACUCCUGUGAUUCAGUCCUGUCCUCCAGGGGGGAUUCUUAACACACCCAGGGCGCCCUCGCUGGAUGAGCUGGUCCCCCAUCGAAUAACCAUCCAUAGCGGCGAGCUGUAUGCCCCCACGUCCAACCAGACCUCUCAGGUGUUCCCAUCUCUGCCUGCUCAGCUGGGACGCCCAGGCCACGCCGAGAGGAACUGCUCCCCCAGCUUCGGCCUCGAUCUUUCCAAAAAAAGCCCCACCUCCCAGUCUCAGCACACACCCUCUCAAACCCAUAUGGCAAACAGUCACAGCAAUGAGGAGCGGGAUGGAACUCUAAGUGGAGCCACUAGUCCCAUUCAGGGGGCAAAUGCUUUUAUGUCCGAAAAGAUGGAGUCUGUCGACCAGGCAGGUUCCCUCACCCCUCCAGCUUUUCCCCACCUAAAUCAGCCCUUAGCCCCCCACCUGCCUCAUCUACAUCGCUCAGCUUCCCAAGGGACAGACCGCUACCCAUGCCCCGUCAGCCCUGACACCCCGACAGAAGGUGGAGAAGCAGGAAGAGAAAUGGGAAACAUCUACCGCUGGGUGAAACACGAGCCCCUGCCGUACGCUGGGGAAGAUGAAGACGAGGAUGAGGAUGAAGAGGAAGGGGCUGAGAACGGGGACCAGCAUCACAAUCAUCACAAGCCAGGGGAGGAGAGCGAAGGUGUGGAUGACAAGAGUGGCUCUGGCACGGAGGAGACGGGCAGCAGCGAGGGCCGUCCGUCCCCUACCGGCCCCAUCGGGAGAUUCCACAUGCCGUAUGAGCCCGAAAGCUUUGGGGACAAUUUGUACGUCUGCAUCCCCUGCGAUAAAGGCUUCCCGAGCUCAGAGCAGCUCAACGCACAUGUGGAGACACAUACAGAGGAGGAGCUGUACAGCUCUGUUGGGGAGAUGGGGAACAACAACAACAACAGCGGCACCAAAGGCAUUGGCGGCAACACGAACGGUUACGGAAACCUCAACAGCGGCAAUACUCCAAACAGCAUGUCGCAUCUGGAGACCAAAUCUGACCAGGGCCUGAAUUCGGGAACCAUCGGGGAGAUGAUCAGACCUUACCGCUGUUCCAACUGCGAUAAGUCUUACAAAGAUCCGGCCACGUUGCGCCAACACGAGAAGACGCACUGGCUGACGCGGCCUUACCCCUGCAGCAUCUGCGGCAAGAAAUUCACACAGCGCGGCACCAUGACGCGCCACAUGCGCAGCCACCUGGGCCUCAAGCCUUUCGCCUGCGAUUCAUGUGGGAUGCGCUUCACUCGCCAGUACCGCCUCACUGAGCACAUGCGCAUCCACUCUGGGGAAAAGCCCUAUGAAUGUCAGGUGUGCGGGGGGAAGUUUGCCCAGCAGCGCAACCUCAUCAGCCACAUGAAGAUGCACAGCGGUGGGGGGACCGGAGGCGGCCUGACGGCAGACGGGAAGCUGAAGCUGGACUUUGCAGAGGGCAUAUACCCCCUGAGCAAGUAUGCAGCGGAGCACCUGGGGCUGAAGCAGGAGAAGGCCAACGAGCUUCUCCUUCAAGCGCAGCAGCAACUGGUGGCAGACGCAAAGGCCAUCGAGUGCCUCUACCCGCUCACCAAGCUUGCGUCGGAGCAUCUGGGCCUCACCCAUGAAAAGAUGGACAUCAUGGGCCAACCACUUCCUCCUCCUCCCCAGCCAAUCUCUGACAGCCGAACCAUCGACCGCUACUCGCCCAGCUAAGACAUUUGAUAUGUGAAGGUGGCAAUCACAGACAGGUCUGCGCGCACUCACAGUUUGCAGUAUUUGAAAGCCAUUCACCUCAACUCCAUAUCUUCCUCUGCACCUCAGACUCAGGCCCGAGUGGAACUGGGUCUUGCUCAUGCACACCGAACUGUUUAGACUGUAAGUGCCUUUCUAUGCAUCUAAUGUAUCUUUUUAAAUCCUCCUUCAUAAAGGAGCUCUACUUUCUGUGACCAAGGGACACUCGAUGAAAGAACUUCAGUAUUUAUGUACAGUCUAUGCAAACAAACAUGUUUUUUUUCUUAAUUCCAACCAUUGAGCCAUAGUGACUAAGUCAAAACCAAAAGGAAAUUUAUUUAUUUUUGUAUAUGAUGAAAUCCAAAGAAAACAUGUUGCAGAGAUACUUUGCAAUCUGACCCUAAACCUGUGUACUAUUCAUGUAUGAAAAGAAAAAGAAAAAAGCACAAAAGGAACAAUAUUCAGGACUUUUUUUUUUCAAUAUUCAGGACUUUUAAGGUCUAAACAACAUCAAGAAAAAAGCAACUCACCUGGAUUUUUUAUUAUUAUUAUUAUUAUUUUCUUUUUUUGUACAAUCUUGGGGUACGGGAUACUUUGUGUGUCUUGAUUCUUUGCUUGUCUCCCCCUUUUAUGUGAAAUAGCUGAAACGUAAUGCAUUUCUCUAUGCCUUUUUUUUUUUCCCCCACUCCCAAGCGAGGGGCGGGGCUCUGUGUGGAUAAAUGCUCAUCCCUUAUGUGACAGCAGCGGUGGCUUAAUCGGCUUUACACCAUGCUUUCAACCACUCUUGAGCUAAAGCUUCCUCUGCAGUGUGACAAAUGUUCCUUAGCUUUCAGCUGUUUUGGAGAUGCACUGAGCAGAGCCCUGUGAUCUCAUGAGUGGGACAUGAUUGCACAUACCCAGCUGAUGACACACUAAUCCCUGUUCACGCCGACUCGCGGGUGUUGGUUUGUGCUUUUGUAGAAACAGAGAGGCAGAGAGGUAGAGAGGCGUACGCCUGGGCUGAAUUGGUGACGAAGGAGUCUGUCAUUGACUGACAGACUUUGUUUCUAUUUUAAUAAUUGAGUGAUGGUCAACAGUGGUCAGAGGCCUUGUUGUGGACGCUUCCUUAGAUUCCAGGGGCUGCAUGAUGGAGCACUGAGUAACACUGAACCUCUCCCUCCCUCACUAUAUUAAUUUGUUUCUUCUGUAAGGAAGACUGUUUGGUUUUAAUAAUGGGACUCUGUGCUAUUUUUUACUCAGUGUAAUAAUUUCAUGAGUGUUCUCAUUAGCGAUGCAAAUCUUUCAAUUCCAUUCGAUUCCGAUUUUUUCAUGGUCACGAUUCAAUUCAGAAGUGUUUUUUUUUUUGAAACGGAAACCAAUUUUUUCCACUCAAACGCUCCGGAGAUUGUAUUUAAAUGAUUUGCAUGAUAAGAGAAACAGAUUUAUUUAAAGCAAUUCUUUAAUAUUCCAUACUGCAUCAAAUCUAAUCAGUUUACAUUCACACUAAAGCAGGGAUUGCGCAUAAAAUUCUGCAACAUAAAUUACCAGCAUUAGGUCAGCUUAGCUGCGUGGUUUUUCUGAAAUAAAAAAAAAAUGAUCAGAGAAUUAUUCUAUUAAAUUUAAAUUUAAAACGCAUUUUAAAAUCAAUUUUUGAGCAUUUUGAUUUAAUCCAGAAUUUCCAGGACUAGGAAUUGUGACUCUUUAUAGAAUCAUUUUUUCCCCCCCUCCACCUCUAACUCUCAUGCUGGCCCAUAGCUUCUCAUCCCUCUCAUUUUUCGGCAUUGCUGUGGCCCCUUGCCUUAUAAGCACUCUACCAACUUAGAGGGACGAUAUUCCCCUUCGCACACAGCAGCCUGCUAAUCUGUCAGCAACAGGAUCAGAAGAAAGCAGCCUGUUGUGACUCUUCCCUGAACAAGCCGGUGGGGUGAACAAGCUCUCCCCCAGCUGCUGUCCUCCAGUAAAUCCCUGUGAAAUCCCACUUUCUCCUGGACAAUUCGCACUUGCUCGCCGGCAUGAUGUCCCAUUUCACGCCUGCCAUCUCACUCCUCUGAUCCACUGUAAAACGUUACAUCCGAACCCCAAGUGUCUCCUCUUGCCUCUCUGUCUCCC